AAAAAAAAAAGCGUCUCUCCUACUGAAUUACUCCUGCCGUCAAACAUUGACGGAAGACAUGGAUACCGAAACUCUUGCCCCGCCGGCCCAGAACUCCGAUGACGGCGUCGAUUCUAAGGGGGUCAACAACGGCGACUUGAAAUCGAAACGCGGGAGAGAAGAAGACGGCGAAGGAAGCGACAAGGCAUCCAAGAAACAGAUGGUGGAGAAGUCUGUGGAGGAAGAAAGCAUAGAGAAUAAGAAGUCGGAGCCCUCCGAGUCGGGUCGGGUCCGUCUGGGCCCGAAGGAGUUCGGAUCGUCUGUGGAGAUGUUUGAUUACUUUUACAAUCUCCUUCACUAUUGGCCUACUCAAUUCAACCUUAACAAGUAUGAACACAGGGUGAUGCUGGAAUUGCUUAAGAAAGGUCACGAAGAGUCUGAUAAAAAAAUUGGUGGAGGGAUCAAAGCAUUUCAAAUCCGGAUCCAUCCGGUGUGGAAAAGUAAAUGUUUCUUUGCCAUUAGGGAGGAUGAAACCGUCGAAGAUUUCAGCUUUAGGAAGUGCGUUGAUCAUAUACUUCCCUUGCCGGACGAGAUGAAGAAACCCAAUGCAAACAGGGCAUCGGGUGGUGGACGUAGUGGAACAGGCGGUGCGCGAGGCCGCGGUGGUAAGUCGAGAAAGUAAGCCACUCGUUCUUGGAUGGGAGUUUGAAUCUGUAUCCGAAUCUGUUCUAGCUAGGUUCCUGAAUUACUUUAUACAGAUUUUGAAUGGUGAUUUAACGAUCAAAUGCUGCCGUGUACUGUGUCUUUGUUUAGCGUUGUUUGUUCUUGCCAAAGAUUAAAAGAAAGUUGAAUUUAGCAUUCAUUUGAUAUUGU